AAGCGUUCACGCGGCCAACAAGGAAAUGAAUUAUUUGUUUGGAAAUUCAGUCAACACCGCAGCGGGAUUUUAUUCACAUUGAGGCGAAGUUGGAAUAAUAUUAGACGUGUUGUGCAGAGACGCACCAACACCCCUGGGGGUGUUAAAACUACCUUAACUGCGCUGCGCACGCUUCUAUCAAUAAGCACACUGCAGCGUUGAAGCGCAAAGUGAGACGGCGGCGGCGGACUCUCCGAAAAGCGUAAAUUUACAAGGUUGUAUUCCGAAGGUGAACCUGAGCAGACAGUGAGAGCCCCAACCGACAAGGGAAGAAUUGGCGCGCCGGUGCGAAUGUAUUCAACCCUGGACGGUCUGUUCCAACAGACGCCGUCUUCAGAGUGAGGGGCUUGCAUUGUGGCUGGUGGGGAAAGAAAGUUACCGCCCAUUGGCUAUCGGACUUUUUUGUUCUGUUGAGACAGACCAACGCUGGGCACUGACCUUAGUGCAUUCUACAUUAGCUUGCUCUCACUGGCUGGCUUGACAGCAACCUGCAGCCGUUUUGGAUCAAUUUUGGAUUAACUGUAUGAAGACUGAGCUCGCCCGCACACAGAAAUCGUCUCAUAGACUUUUUGCUGAGGGUAGGACCUGUCUCGCCAGUUGGACAUAGGCAUACUCCGAAGAGAUCAUUUAAAGACUCAUCAAUUCCAUUUUUAUAAUUAACGCUUGCCUUCAAUUGGCAUCCCAAAAGAAGUGGCAACAGCUGAAGACGUCCUGAAAGUGAAAAUGGGCUGGGCCGCCUAGCGAGCUCUGUCUCUCUCUUUGUAGGGGCAUAAGAUUUUGUGUGUGGGAAAGAGGAGAGAUUUCUGAAGGUGAUAGCGGUGUGGAGCAUCACCCGUGGUGGCUCUCGCCUUUUGCACCCGGAGAUCUCGGAGCGGUCACGGCUGGUUUGGUUCCUCUGCGGGGACAGAGGAGUCAGUGUAGUGGACGCUUUGGAUUACAGCACGAGCGUGUAUUUUACCUCACGAUUCAGACCUGCUAACUGUACUUGCCUGGAGUUAGCUAAUUUUCUCUUCGCGUAGGCUCAUACCCUAUCCUACGGACAUUACGAAACCUACAUCGUGGGUUGAAACACAGCCAGAAAAAAAUAUUUAUUUGAUGACUGUGGGGAACACCGAGGCCGUGUUGUAGCUCGGCUGUUGGAUGUACCAGGAUUUUUUGAGGCAACUAACGCGUUUUUGAACGAGAGAUUCUUUUCUGUUUUGGGGAUAUUUUGUCCAAAAGGUCUUUUGGGGAAAAAGCCUUCAUAUAGCACACAGGUGUUCCCCAACUGUAUCCCCUCCCGGAGGUUAUACAGGGCUCUCAGUUUUUUUAAGUUUGGCAGCUGACUGCUGAAGAAGGAUAGCCUCCAAACUCGACUGACAAUCGGCGAAGGAGUGAGUGGAAUAAGGAUGGGCUUUCAAGCGCUGAUCAUAGCCUGUUCGCUUAUUGUGGGCCUAACCCCUGUCUGGGCCAAGCGUGUGGUAACGGUGCAAGGAGGGCCCCUGGUCCGCACGGAGGGCUCCCACGCCACCAUCUGGUGCAACGUGACGGGAUACCGGGAGGGCGUGGAGCAGGACUUCGAGUGGUCCAUGUACCUGCCGUCGGCGCCGGACCGCGAGAUCCGCAUCGUCAGCACGGCGCAACCCAACUAUGCCUACGCCAUCUUUGCGCAGCGCGUCAACGCUAAGGAGAUCUGGGUGGAGCGGCUGAGCGGGGACUCUGCACUGCUGCACAUCGCCAAGCUGGAGGCGCGCGACCAGGGCCUGUUCGAAUGCUACACGCCCAACACGGAUGGCCAGUUCCUGGGGAGUUACAGCGCACGCACCAACCUCACCGUGAUCCCCGACACCCUGUCCGUGUCCUCCGCUGCCCAGACCCUAUCCAAGGUGGAGGGCGAGACGCUCCAGCUCACCUGUGAGGUCAGCCGCUCCACCUCCCAACACACUCACCUGGCCGUGGGCUGGUACCUGCGUCCCGCUGACGACCCAGCUGACACAGCGCCCCGUGACAUCGUCACCCUCUCCCGGGACUUUGUGCUGCGACCCGGCAGCCCGUACCGUCAGAGGCUCUCCUCGGGUGACCUGAGGCUGGAUAAGACGGGCGCUAACACAUACAGGCUGACCAUCUACAAGCUGCAGCCUGCUGACCAGGGUGCCUUCUACUGCGAGGCCUCAGAGUGGAUCCAGGACCCGGACAAGUCGUGGUACGCCAUCAGCCGCAAGCAGUCCGACAAGACGUCUGUACGCGUGCAGCCCACCGACCGUGACUUCAGCAUCCAGGUGACCACGGAGCGUCGGGCCUACACGGCGGGCGAGCCGCUGGAGCUGCGCUGCACCAUCGAGGCCCAGCGUGUGCCGGAGCGUUUCUUCUCGGUGUCGUGGGUCUUCAGCAGCUCGCCCGUGGCCGUGGUGGGGCCCGACGCCGUGCCCACGCUGGGCGCCGGCUACGCCGAGCGCGAGGCCCUGGGCCAGCUGACCGUGCGCAAGGAGAGCGCCAACGUGCACCUGCUCAAGCUGCAGCGCCUCCUGGCGGCCGACGCCGGGAAGUACAUCUGCAGGGUGACCGAGCGGGAGAAGACGCUCACGGGGGAUUUCAUCGACCGGAGUAAGCGCUCGCGCAACGUGCAGAUCUCUGUCACCGAACUACAGAGCAACAUCACAGCCUCACUCUCCAGCAACUCCACCUUUGACGAGGGAGAUCCCAUCAUCCUGACCUGCUCUGUGCAGAACAUCUGGGGCAGCCUCUCCGUCUCCUGGCAGUUGAUCCCUCCACCAUCCACCACAUCUACCCCCACCACCGAGGGAGAGGAGUCAUCUUCCUCCCCAGCAUCGGAGCCCGUAGAGUUGGCCAGUGUGGGGAGGGAUGGCACGGUGCGUCUGGGUCCCACCUACCUGGAGCGGGGCAGCUACGGUGAGGUGCGGGCCACAAGAGAGCGUCUGGACACCUACACGCUGGCGCUGUACAAUGCCUACCCGAGUGACGCGGGUCAGUACCGCUGCACGGUGACGGAGUGGAUUCGCACGGGGCCUGAGCCCAACAGCACCUGGCAGAGUCUUGGGGACAAAAUGGCCGCCAAGAACAUCACCGUCAAGAGUGUUGAAUCUUCUUUCUUCGUGUCGGCCUCAUCCCGUACGCCCAGCGUGACCUUCGGCGACUCCUUUGACCUUCAGUGCAUCGUCAAACCGCGCCACAACCCCAGCGUCCCUGCCACCGUCACCUGGCGCUUCCAGCCCGCCAACGCCCGCUCCGCCCCCCGCGACAUCGUCACCUUCACCCGGGCGGGGACCCUCCGCUGGGGGGAGAAGCCGCCGGGCCUGGGCACCCGCACCACCGUGGACCGCUCGGAGACCAACACUAACUUCCGCCUGAGCGUGACACGGGCGGGGAGGAAGGAGGCGGGCACGUAUCACUGUGCUGCCACGCUGUACAGGAGGAACUAUGACGGCACCUGGGCGGAGGUGGCCAACAGGACGUCUAACCUGCUGGGGAUCAGUGUGCUGCAGCCGGUGAGUAAGCUGCGAGUACAGCGGACCAACCAGAGUGUGCAGGUGCUGGAGGACAGCCGUGUGCGCCUCAACUGCUCCGUGGCCGCUCAGACGGCGCCGGACUCCCAACUGGCCGUGCUGUGGUACGCACGUCGCGCCCGCACCGCGGAGCUCGAACCCCCGGCCGCCGCACCUGCCCUACCCGAGGGACCGUCCCCUGGAGGCCUGGAGCCGAGCACUGGGGUCGCGGGGGUCAUCAACGGGGUCAAUGGGGUCAAUGGUGUGGCUAAUGGGGUCGGCGUCGGCGUGGGCGACCCAGACGAGCUCCUACUCCGCAUCGAGCGUUCCGGUGCCUUCGAGUAUGGCGCCUAUGCCGAGGAGGAGCGCCUGCGCAGCCGGCUGCAGGCUGAGAGGCCGUCGCCGCGGCAACACAGCCUGACGCUGCACCGCACCGAGACCAGCGACUCGGCCACGUACUACUGCCUGGUGGAGGAGUGGAUGACCGACCCGGACGGGGCCUGGUACCGCGUGGCCAGGGAGGCGUCAGGGUUCACACACCUGCUGGUCAAGAGACCGGAGGCCCGUUUGCAGGUGGAAGAGGCUGAGACGAACGUGACGGUACCUGAGACCGGCUCCAUCCGGCUGGGCUGCAGCAUCCCCACGCAGUCCUCGCGCGACUCCCGCUUCUCCGUCUCCUGGUACGUCAUCCGCCCUGACGACGCCGCCUCCUUGACCUCCGCCGCGACCUCGACGGACCACGAGUGCGUCUUCUCCAUCGGCCACGACGCCGUCUUUGGCAACGGCAACUGCAGCCCCGCAGAGCCGCCGGGCGGGCCCGAGUCGCGGCUGCAGUUCGAGCGCACGACCUCCGACCUCUACACACUGACGCUGCAGCGGGCGCGACCGGGCGACGCGGGCGGGUAUUACUGCCACGUGGAGGAGUGGCUGCUCAACCCCAGAGGGGCCUGGUACCGCCUGGCUACCAACAACUCGGACGUCACCAUCGUCAACAUACAGCAGAAAGCCUCCAGUCUGCAGUCCGUGGUGUGCUCCAACGACUCCCUCUUCUACUUUGUCUUCUUCUACCCGUUCCCCAUCUUUGGCAUCCUGCUCAUCGCCGUGCUGCUGGUCCGCUACCGGAGCCGCAGCCACAGCAAGAGCCAGGAGGGCAAGAACGGCGCCCCCUUGCUGUGGAUCAAGGAGCCGCACCUCAGCUACUCGCCCACCUGCCUGGACCCCCCGGCCUUGAGCCUUCACCCAGGCUCAGUGGAGUAAAGCCACGACCACCUGCCUACUCGACGCUACGCUAGCAUUCGCUAAGCUAGUCUACUGUACCUUGCCCUGGAUGAGGGGAUGAUUGUGCCCCUCUAUCUGUCCUCUCUCUCUUUCUCUCUCUCUCUUACCUCUUCCCUCUUUUUCUGGAUCCUUUUCUCUGAAUAUCUCAUGUGUCUUUCGCUCUGAAUAUCCUCCUCUUUCUCUAUCUACUUUCUACUUUCACCCUUUGCUAACCCAGAGAUUGUUUGGUCACAUUUUCUCUGUGGCUCCCACUUACCUCUCUGCUGUUCUCUUGCUUUUUCUCUUUUGUUUUCUCUCAUUCUGUCUUUCUCUAUUUCUUUCCCUCCCCCUCUCUCGCUCUCUCUCUCUCUCUCUCUCUCUAACUCUCUCUCUCAGCUUGUCUCAUGAUGACAUACCCCCUCACAGGAGUCUGUCUCUCUCUCCUUCUCUCUGUAUUUCUCGUCGCUCCUGUGAGCUUUCGUCGCCGCGCCCCGGUCCAGGCCUGCUAUCACUCGCUCUCACUCCCCACCCCACGUUCAACAGUUGUUGAGUAGUCCGUCCAACUUUUUAACAAACAACAAUAAUGGCAAAUGACCACAAACACAUAGACAGAUAUGUUCGCCAUCCUUCAGGCUGUCGCCAUGGCUACAUCUGCUGCUGAGGUGAUAUGAUGCGAAGCGGUCAUCAGACGAGACGUGGUUGGUUGGUUGAAUCCAUCAUGUGUUGUUUUGAUACUUCAUUCUUUUUUUGUCCACAUACGCCCAGUCACGGUUGGUUUCUUCAAAGCCAGAUGGUGGCCUACUGGAUUUAGGUGGACAAUCAAUCAGGCCAUUUUUGGGAGGACGUUUCUCUCCUGGACGGACAUGGACUGGUGCCGUCAUCAGUGUCCUUAUCUCACUGCCUUUUAUCUUCUUAUUUUUGUCUUCAACCACAAUUCACUGCAAGAGAUUAGCCCCACAUUAGCGCCAUCAUUUCUGAAGACGUUGCUUGUUUGUUCAUUGGUUAAAAUAUCUUUGUUCAAGGUGUUUCAAAAUCCGGUUGACUAGCUAAGGUCUCCUUGAAGAGGACGGCCAGGCUGAAGAUGGACUUAGAAGCAGAGAAAACACUGAACAGAAAGGCGAAAGAACUCAACAUACAAGAAUACUGAUGGUGAUCUCCAGCCUUCUCUCUCACACAUUCUCUGCUCACAUUCGUCCACAACGUUCAAAACAUCUGUGGCAUCUGAAGCUGGCAUUGGUGUCUGCCGCAUUCCUGUUCCCAGACAUGGAUCUGUUUGGACUGAUAUGAUGGCAACUAAGGAGUCUUUAUACCCAUAUAUACACAUCACACACACACACACACACACACACACACACACACACACACACACACACACACACACACACACACACACACACACACACACACACACACACACACACACACAGACACACGCGCACGCACACACACACACACACACUACACUAUCAAGCUCCUGCACAUUCUAAGCGGCUCCUGUAUCCUGCCAAAGAGCCAUGCACACACACACACACACACACACACACACACACACGCCCAUACACACACUUUGCCAAACUCUUUCUGCGGUGCUGAAACAUGGGAGGACAUGAGUGGACACAUGUGGAGAGGGGUGGCGAGACAGACAUGGCUGAUUAGUUACGGCUCUGUUGUGUUUGUGUGUUCAUGUAUUCGGGCCAACUCUGUAAGGGACGCUGAUAAGGAUGUAUGCCACUGUCCAGGUGUUUCUCCUGCCAGUUUGCAGACUGAUCUGUGUAUGAUACGCUUAAUCCGAUUUGUGUGUGUGUGCGCGUGUGUGCGUGUGUGCGUGUG